AUGAAGGUGCGUCUACAAAUUGGCCGCACCUGCGGAGUAACUUUCGUGGUGGGGUACGCCCUCACGGAAACUGUCCGCACCACCGUGGGCGGUGAAGGACUCCUUCUGGACUGCUCUCGACGCAGCGAUCCGGGAGACGGCCCCCUGUUCUAUGCCCAGGCCCUCAUCAAGGCAGGCUGCGAGGAAACCAUCGAGGCCACCGUGCGCAAACGGAGACUGUGUUUCGCGGGCUUCGUAUUGCGCAUGGAGGACAGCCGCCUCCCCAAGCGCAUGCUGUUAGGAGCGAUGGCGGGGGGCGUGGGAUACCGGGGCGGGCAGGAGAGCGACUGGGUGUCUCGUCUAGGAGAGGACCUCGUGGCCUUCAACAUGGGAGACGAAAAGGAAGGGGGUAAAUGGAAAGAGAGCGCCAAGAACUCGGAGGUGUGGUACAACAAGGUCGAGGACGGGGCGGCAUGGUUCAUGAGGAAAUGGCACAGGCAGGAGGCGGAAGCGUCCGCGAAGCGCCAGCGCGCGAGGGAAGCAGAAGUAGAGAGUACGGCCAUCUCAGGACCGAAGAGAAAGAGAGCCGGGGAAGCGGCGGUGGGGGGGAAGAAACGGCGACCGGGCACUGCUGAAGAAGCGAGUAGGGCGGCCGAGGCAGCACUUGUGGCGAACUAUGUACCCGGCUGAUGUUGUUGCGCCCUGUUUCCCUCCCUGCUGUAUGCUAUGCUAUACUCCUUUAUGUAUGUCCUUUGUAUUGCCUUCGGCCUCUGUGCUGUGUUUCUUUUUUUCAUGACCUCCCUGCCUACUCUGCUGUGUUGGCUACCUUGAUCUGGUUUUGCUGUUGCCUUUGUUGUUGCACGUCUGGCUGUCUGCCCAUCUGCCGCCUCUUUGUCCUGUUUGCUCCGUCACUCCCAUGCCUUGGUGCGUAGUGCCUGGUGCUGGUACGUUACCCUUUGAUGUUUACUUUGGGCGGGUGUGGGAAGCGUUCUCCUUCAUUUUUGUUUUUGUUUUACUUUGAUGGGUCUCCGAGGGCUCUUUUCUCGAACGGUCGGUGCGAUACCUGUUCUUUUCUUUCUAUCAUUUUGUUUCCUUUUUCCGAGUGGUUUGUACCCUAUUUUUGUUUUUUUUUGUUUUCUCGCGGCGUCGUAUGUGCCGGGUUUUGAGACCACGGGNUGGGUCUCCGAGGGCUCUUUUCUCGAACGGUCGGUGCGAUACCUGUUCUUUUCUUUCUAUCAUUUUGUUUCCUU